AUGGACGUGGGCGCAUCCCAGCAUCAGGACGUGUAUCAUCAGCUGCAGACAUCGCGCGCGCAACAGACCCCAUCCAGCACCAACACGUCGGCGCCCUCGGAAACGGGUCUACGCACUAUGGUGCAACGAGAUGGUGAAGGUGAUAAUACCGGAAAACGAGACGAAUCGAGCGACUAUCGUGUCGUAGCGCUGCCUGCCACACAGCACCAGCAGAAUGCGCCCGUCAACUUUUGCUCGAAUGUAGUGAUUACGUCCAAGUACACGACUUGGAGCUUCCUGCCGCUUUUUAUGUUCGAAAGCUUUCGCAAACUGGCCAAUGCCUACUUUCUUCUCGUAUCCAUUUUGCAAUGUAUUCGUACAAUUAGUAACACAAACGGAGUCCCUACCACUCUACCUGUACUCGUGCUCAUUUUAUCUGUGGAUGGUAUACUUGCUAUCAUAGAGGACCGCAGAAGACAUCUCGCGGAUAAAGAAGCCAAUACAGCACAGUGCUACGUUUUGAAGGAAACAUACACUGGCUCGAAGGAUACGCUCAAUCGAACAGGAAAUUCAGAGGAUUCAGAUGUCGUACGCAUGCAUUGGGCUGCGCUCACGGUCGGGUCGGUCGUUAAACUUCACAACCGUGAGACAGCACCCGCUGACCUGCUGAUAUUAGCCGUUGCAGAGCCUAAUCCAAGUGAACCUGCUGGCAUUUGCUACGUGGAGACCAAGAGUUUAGAUGGCGAGACGAAUCUCAAGCUACGUCAUGCCUGUGACGCUACGCUGCACGUCCGGACUCCAGCGCAAGUUGCCGCUCUCAGCGGUCAAUUGCGGUGCGAAAACCCAAACAAAGCUAUUGGUCGCUUCGACGGCACCUUAUCUGUCUUAGGAGGCGCCAAGACUGCUGAGCUGCACCCUCAACCAAUCGCUAUAAAAAAUGUACUGUUACGUGGCUGUCAACUGCGUAAUACAGAUUGGAUCUAUGGUCUUGUAGUAAAUACAGGACCAGAUACAAAAAUCAUGCAGAGCGCCACAGCGACGCGCCCAAAGUGGAGCUCAAUUAAUGAAACAGUUAACAGAAUGAUCAUCUGGCUGUUUCUUCUGCUUUGCUUAUUAUGUUCAGUUGCCACGACUAUCCAAGUGAUUUGGCUAUCUCAGCAUGUUGAUGAGAGUUGGUAUCUUACUUGGUCGCCUACCAUGACGAGCCAGUGGUUUGUCGGGUUUGGGUACUAUUUCUUACUCAUGUACCAGAUGAUUCCCGUCUCGCUAUACGUAACAAUCUCAAUGGUAAUGUUCUUUCAGUCAAUUUUUAUGGUUUGGGACCUGGAUGUAUAUUAUGAAGAACUUGACGUGCGUAUGGGGGUGCGAUCGAUGGGUCUUAAUGAGGAAUUAGGUCAGAUCUCGUACGUGUUUAGUGACAAGACGGGAACACUUACUUGCAACGUGAUGGAGUUUCGAAAGUGCUCUAUCAAUGGUGUUUCAUACGGCACAGGGAUGACGGAGAUAGGUCGUGCCGCGCUACGGCGAAAGGGAGUAGCAGUACCCAUAGAGUCUGAGCCAGACCCUGCAACACGUCAUACUACUAUCCCGUACGUAAACUUUGAAGACGUGAGGUUAUUUAACGCAUUGGAACGACCGUUAAUAGACGACAAGCCAAAUCGGGAAGCAGAAUUUUUCAUGCAUCUGAGUCUAUGCCAAACUGUAAUUCCUGAAGUGGUCGAAGGCACUUCUGAAGUGCGGUUUUCUGCUUCUUCUCCGGAUGAGCAGGCGCUAGUGUCUGGCGCCAAGUUUUUUGGGUUUAGCUUUGAAUCUCGAGGCUUAGGCAUUGCCCGUGUGCGUGUGACACGGCCAGAAUUAAUUCGCCGGUAUACGAAUGAUACUAGAAGCUCUAACGCGUUGCUAGAAUUUAAGAUUCUGGACGUUCUAGAAUUCACUAGCGAUCGAAAGCGCAUGUCUGUGGUUGUUCGAUAUCCUAAUGGGGAAUACUGGGUUCUUACAAAAGGAGCUGACAACGUCAUAUUUCCAAUGCUGGCCAAAGAAAAGAGUGAUUCGGAGGUAUUGAAAGAAACGAUGCGUCACUUGGAGGUUUUUGGCGACGAUGGACUACGUACGUUAACGAUUGCUCAACGUCGCGUGGACGAAAAGACGUACUUAAAUUGGAGCGAGCGUUUUAAACAAGCAAACUCGUCUCUAGAAGAGAUUGAAAAGCGCAAGAACGGCGAAGCGAAUAUGAUUGACCAGUUGAUGACGGAAAUUGAGCGUGACUUGGAGCUGUUGGGUGCUACGGCUAUUGAAGACAAACUACAAGCAAAUGUACCAACUUGUAUUGCCAACCUUAUGCGUGCUGGCAUGUGUGUCUGGAUGCUCACAGGUGACAAACAAGAGACAGCCAUUAACAUUUCGUAUGCAUGCCAGCUCAUGGAUAAUGAUAUGCAACAAUUUGUUUUUAAUUGCAGUAUGUAUCCGACGACCGACGCCAUAUAUUCGCAGCUGUGUACUGCUAAUGCCCAGGUUCAGCGAGGAAAUGGUCGUCAUGCUUUAGUCAUUGAUGGAGAAUGCUUGGAGUUGACACUGGAAGAUGAGCGAUGCCAGCAAGAAUUUUUGGCUCUAGCGAUGGCGUGUGACGCAGUUGUAUGUUGUCGUGUGUCCCCGAGUCAAAAAGCAGAGGUAGUGACGCUGGUACGCACUGCUAACAAAAAAGUGCGAACACUGGCGAUUGGUGACGGUGCAAAUGAUGUGGCUAUGAUUCAACGCGCACAUGUUGGCGUGGGUAUUUCUGGCCAAGAAGGUAUGCAGGCUGUGAACUCGAGUGACUACGCUAUUGGUCAGUUUUAUUUCUUGGAGAAGCUUCUUUUGCACCACGGCCGUUUGAAUUAUAAGCGCAUGUCAACUCUUGUGGGCUACAUGUUUUACAAAAAUAUUGUCAUGGUGCUGGCCCAAUACUUCUAUAUGUUCUGUACUGGCUCGUCGGGGCAAAAGUUUUAUGGAGAAUUAGGCUUUCAGAUGUACAAUGUCAUGUACACCUCAAUGCCAAUUAUUGUGCUCGGUGUCUUCGAUUAUGACGUGCCAUUCGAAGUAAGCAGGCUUUUUCCAGAGUUGUACCUGGUUGGACCGCGCAUGGAGCUUUUCAACAACUAUACUUUCUUUAAGUGGAUUUGUAGUGCCGCUUACGAGUCAGCAGUUAUUUUCGUAUUUGUUAUCUUUGCGUUUAAUGAAAACUACUCGAAUGCGGGGAGUGCACCCAUGGUGCAGUACGGAUUACUUGCAUUCACGAUGGUGGUCUUAAUUGCCAAUAUCAAGCUGAUCAUGGUGCAGAUGUCCUGGAAUGCUUAUAGUUUCGUCGUUUGGACUACAGGUGUGGUUGCAUAUUUGCCCCUAACACCAAUUUUUUCCAGUUAUUGGAUUACGUUAUUCUCGACGGAGUUUGGCAGCUUUCAGAACACACUAGGACAAGAAACUUAUUGGUUGAUCCUUCCAGUCUGUCUGGUCGUUGCGUUGCUUCGUCAUUUUACAUGGACAGCAAUAUGCCGCCGGUUCUACCCGGAUCCGUGGCAGAUUGUGCAAGAACAGUAUGUGCUAUUUCAGGGCAAACACUCGAGGCAGAAUCGCGAACUAUCUCGCAAUGACAUGGAAGCAGGUGUUUCAGGGAUCAAUGGCAUUUUACAGGGCAAUGAAACUGCGUAUGUCAAUUCAUCGUCUCCUAGUCGCGGCUACAAUGGGAGUCAAUACACUGGUAAGACACGAGGAUCAGGGAGCGGGUUUGCCUUCAGCUAUGACCCACAGACGUCUUUGGCCGAGUCGUACAUGUCAACCCACGAAGUCCGUCAAUCGGCCUCGGCUAUGAAUGAUGCAGAAAAUCGCGGCAGGAAGUCUCGUGAGGAUUCGCGAUCGUCUGAUUACGGUUCGUCGCGGUCCGCAGCCGUUGUGAAUCCGACGAAGGGCUCGUUGUCUACGGGGCUUUUUGUCUAG